GUACGAAUGAAAUACUGUCUGUGUUUCCGGUAUUUUCAUUCAUGAACGGGGAAAAUUAAGGUGUAAGAGUUGCUUACUUUCUCCUCUGAGGCCUGUAGAAGCAAACUGUCCCAGAGAAGUUCCCCACAGAGAAGCUGUCUCUAUGAAUCCGAGCGGAGCGUCUCCCAGCCUGGAAGGAAGACAGCAGAGACCCUAUCACCAUGGUAACGAGCCGUUCUUCCUCCACAGCUGGAGGUUAGCGGGAAGCUAACCCUUUGUUCCCAGAACACCUUCCACAGCUAAGGAGGUCUUUGUUGACUGUGGAUAUCUUCUUCAAGCUUCACCCCUUGGACAACGUUUCCUCACCACGGUUCAUGAGCUGUAUGAGAAGCAGCUGUAUGGACCCAUGUACAGAGACCUAUUCAACUCUGUGUCGGUGAACACCCCUCAGCUGCUGGAGGAAGUCAUGAGAAACGAUGGGACGUUUCCCACCAGGGGAGACAUGUCUCUGUGGACGGAGUACCGAGAUAUGAGAGGACAUGGCUACGGGCCCUUCACAGAGGAAGGGGAGCGCUGGUACAACCUGAGGGUGGUUCUCAACAAGCGGAUGCUCCAUCCCAGGGAUUCUGCUCAGUACUCUGGGGUGAUCAACGAGGUGGUUACAGACUUCAUAAAAAGGAUCAACCAACUGCGUCAAGCCAGCCCAACAGGAGAUGUCGUCGCUGGCAUCUCCAAUAAGCUGUAUCUGUUUUCACUGGAAAGUAUUAGCUCCAUACUGUUUGAGACAAGGCUCGGCUGUCUGGAGAAGGACAUUCCUGCUGGUACCCAAGAAUUCAUUAACUCUGUCAUUCAGAUGUUCUCCAACAGUAGGGCUGCGUCGAUUUGUCCCAGGUGGAGCCGCAGUCUGCUGCCGUUUUGGAGACGCUACAUCGACGGCUGGGAGGGCAUCUUUAGCUUCGCUAAAACUUUAAUCGACAAGAAGAUGGAGGACAUUCAGCAGCGAGUGGACAAAAGCCAGGAUGUAGAGGGUGAAUAUCUAACAUACAUCCUGUCAAACACCCAGAUGAGCAUUAAAGAUGUCUACGCCAGCAUCACAGAGCUUCUCUUAGCCGGAGUGGACACGACCUCCAACACCCUCACAUGGGCUUUGUACCAGCUGUCUAAGAACCCGGAAAUCCAGGACAGACUUUAUGAAGAAGUGUCCACGCUGGUCCCAGCAGACCGAAUCCCGACUGCUGCAGAGGUUACUGGGAUGCUGUUUUUACGAGCUGUGGUCAAGGAAACUCUGAGGAUGUACCCUGUGGUUCCUACGAAUGCAAGGAUCAUCACAGAAAAGCCUAUUUCUGUCAGUGGUUUUCAGUUUCCAAAGAACACCUCUUUCACGUUCUGUCACUAUGCCAUCAGUCAUGAUGAGAACACCUUUCCUGAGUCGUUCAAAUUCAAGCCAGAGAGAUGGCUCCGUGACGGCCGCCAGAGGCCAAAUCCUUUUGGUUCCAUCCCGUUCGGCUAUGGAGUUCGAAGCUGUGUGGGUCGCAGGAUUGCAGAACUUGAGAUGUAUUUAGUUCUGUUUCGGCUGAUUCGUCAGUUUGAAGUCGAACCAGACCCGACAGUUGGAGAGUUAAAAAGCAUCAAUCGCACUGUUCUGGUUCCGGACAAAAAACUGGACCUGCGCUUUGUGGAGAGAGUGUGAAGAAACAGACACUGGUUUGACCCAUCGAGUCAGCUGAGUCGUGUGGAUGCUGUUGUCUUUUCUUUAUAUAAUCACAGCUUUGUGGCAAAGUGGCAGCAGAUCUGAAACAAAAGAAAAUGUGCAGAAUAAAUCUGGUCUUUUUCAUUUAGUAUCAUAAUGCACCUGUGUCACAUUUAUUGAUUUUACUAUCAUCAGCUUCCAUAUAAUGAGUUUCUGUCGAUGACCCAGCAGUUCUGUUAAUCUUCUCAGAUACAGAAUUAUCAUUUGAGCUUUUAAAUGAUUUAUGUUGCUUAAGAAAGAGAAUAAAAUGUUUUUUUGAAAA